AUGCCUUUACAACGAACGACCGUCAAGAUUCCCUCCGCUACGCCGGGGUGGCACCUUGAUGCCUGGAAAUAUCUCCCCCAAGGCUUUAAGACACCUCAUCCAAUAAUCAUCUUGGCUCAUGGAUUCACUGGUACCAAAGAAAUGAACCUGGCACCGUAUGCAGAGGCUUUCGCAUCUGCGGGCUACGCUUGCAUUGUCUUUGACUAUCGCCGUUGGGGGACAUCAGGAGGGCACGUCAUCACUCUUGCGAGCGAUAUAUCGCUCAACAUUGCGGCAGCAGUCGCACAAUGUCCAUUCACUGGGGCAGCCUGCAAGGUCCCUUUCGGGCCUGGAAUGGUGAUGACGCUGUGCGCUGCCGUGUAUGACUGGUUCCGCCAGAUGUUGGGGCUGGCGCCCUACUACAUACCUGCUACUGGGCCACCAGGAACAGUUGGUGCGUUGACGUAUGAACAUUGCUUUGACCGAAUCAGCGAAACCUUCCCUUCCAAUGCACAAAGUCAGAGGAACAACCAGGUUUCGGGGGCGUCUGUCUUUGCACUCAGGUCUUAUGAUCCAUCCUCUCGGGCCUCGGAGAUUCGCUGCCCGCUACUCAUGGUUGUCGCCCAGAAUGAUAACAUCUGCGACUCUUCCAGCACUCUCAAGGUCGCUCAAUUGGCUCAAGGGAGUAUCAAGAUCUCUAUCCCCACCGGUGUGACAUCUGAGCACGUCUACCCUACAAUGAAAUUCUAA